AACGGGAGCCAGCGGACACAUCACAUCACUGACACCAUCGACAUCGGCCGAGAGAGAAGCGCAAUUUUCUCUCCUCAGUACAUUUUUCGUUCUCCUUGGUCGAAAUCCUAUUCAAAACGUUCCCGAGUCGUUUCUUCGUGAACUUUUUCAAUCGUGAAUCUCAUCCGUUCCGCGACCCAAUCAUUUUCCGAUUAUUUCAACGAGAAUUACGCAACACAUCUUUUCAGAAAUUUCACCUUGGAAAAGAAAAAGGGUGGGGGACGCCCUUCUUGACUUGGUGAAAUUUCGUGAUCUGCCCGACUCUGCUUCGUGAUUUCGCCGGACGCCUAAAGGGGCCUUCGCUAGUCCCUGUCACCCCUCUCCUCUUGUCUUCCCUGCCCCUUACAAGCACCCCAGCAGCUCCCUGGAAAUCGAGAAGAACAAAAAGUGGGAGGAGUUGCUGACCAUCGACUUGUUGUUGGGUGGGCACGAUCCGCACAUCUGAUUGGAUCUUGUCCUUUUUUGGCCUGGCGCUUGUGUUGUGUGUCCAGCUCUGCAUGAGACUUUUGUCUCGACCGUGACCUCCUCAUCCACCCACCACCCUCUCCAUCUCUCAACCACUUCAAGAAUGACGGAACAGUACCAACAACAACAGCAAGUGAACCUAGGUCAUCCAGAGUCAGCAGAGGUGACCACCGCCAGUCUGAACCACAAAGCCUUCCUAGUCGGUCCUGCUCCGCUCAACUCCGGACCACAGCAUCAACAACACAACCAUCCAGCUUCGUCUUAUUUAAUUAGUCAGCAGCAAAGCUAUCCGCAAGCGGCCAGUCACAGCGACAAUUCCGCCAUGACCAACGGAAGCAUCAGUGCAGUGUACGGAUACGACAGUCCCGACUGCGGCUAUUACGAGCACCAAGACUGCUCGUCUGUCGAUGUCGGCGUCCAACAACAACAAUCCUACGCCAACAACACUCGUUCAACGUGCGCAAUGCAAGUCUCGGUGAAUUCGCCCGUGUCAGUGCCGAUUCAACAGUCAAGUGAUUCUUAUCCAUCAACCAACACGUACCAUCAUUUGCAGCAGCAACAGCAUCAUCUGGGACAACUCCAGCAUCAAGCCACCAGCGGUGGCGGUAGUACAGUGCACCACUUUGCCAGCAGCAACAACACGGCCGCCGUCGAAGAGUUAUCACCGCCGCAGGACAACAACGUAAUCGCAUCCUACCAUGCCGUCUCGACUGGGCAACAGCAGACGCAAGCCAACGCAGUAGCCAAAGACAUGAUCUACCCCUGGAUGAGAGACACGUCCGCCUUGAAUGCAUCCAUGAAACGCAGCCCUUUCCAGCUGCAGACCGGUGGUUUGACGUUGAUGUCGUCCAAUAAUCACUACGGUGCUGGAAUCAAUCAGCUCAUGUCGUCUUCAGAGAGCCUGUCGUCACCAAUUUCACCUCAACCAACUCCACCAACUUCUCUCAGUCCUGAACAACCAGCCAAACGAGCUCGCACCGCCUACACCAGCGCCCAGCUGGUUGAAUUGGAGAAAGAAUUUCACUUUAAUCGCUACCUGUGCCGGCCACGUCGGAUCGAGAUGGCCACUCUGCUCAACCUGACCGAGCGCCAAAUCAAAAUCUGGUUCCAGAAUCGCCGCAUGAAAUUCAAAAAAGAACAAAAGGGAGGAAAAGGAAGCAGCAGUGGUGGUGGGGAUAAAUCACCCAGUCCACCCUCUUGCUCGGCCGUAACGUCCAGCUCCCACUCGCCGUCUCCGCCGGCGUCUGCAGCCACGACAGGAGCAGCUGCCAAUGAAAUCAGUGGCGCCGGCUCCCCCUCGCCAUCGUUGGGCAGUCACCUGUCCGACCCUACACCUGGAUCCUACAUCGAUGCCCAAGAGACCGCAUCCCUGCUGGACUUGCCGGAGCCACAGACCCUCAAUCGCAACGUCAAAACCGAAGGCGGACACAACAACAACAAGCAACCGACUUCUUACGGGAUUCACUACGAUCAAGGAAGUUUGUCGCCAUACAGCGGCUGCUCGACUGGCACCGAACAGGAGAGUCCCGAGCGAUCGUGUCCGCAACAACAAUCGACUUCCUUGUUGCAAUCGCAUUUGUCGCUCUCUUUCGGCACGGAUUCUUUCAAGUACAGCAGCGGAGGAGGACUUGUUACUCCGACAGACGACACCGGUUCGCCAGACGACAUCCAUCAUCAUCAUCAAAUGCAACACCAACAACAGCAUCACAAUCUCUUUUCGACUCCGGCCGAUAGUUAUGGCAAGCAUUACUCUAGUUUCCAUCCGCCAGCUCAGUCCUACUCCGGCCACCAUCCCAACGUGGCCUACAACAACAAUCCUGCUGGAAACAUCUACAGCGUGCCGACUCCUUCUUAUCUGAACGUCAACAACUUGGGUGGCUACUUUGGAUUUCAUCACCAGUGGAACACUCCGGCCCACCAUCGCGCCGCUGCCGGAUACGGUUCCACCAUGUUUUGCGAUCCCUUGCAGCAACAGCAUCAGCAACAGCAAUCGAUGGACAUGUACAACGCUCAAAUGUUGUCCGCAGGGAGCAAUAACAACAGUCCCAUCAACGAACAGCCGCCAACCACUCCUGUUACUCCGACUGCCGUCUUGCCCGGCCACAGAUUCCCGGGUUAUCAGUAUCACGGUGAGAUGACAUGGUCGCCCGGCAGUAACAGUUGUGGCAACACCAGCGGCGCCGCUGCAACGUCGUCCAACAACAGCACAGCAGCCAUGAUGGAAUGCAGCAAUCCGCUCAAUCUCUUUACAUCGCCAUCGACUGGUAAUACCAGCAACAACAUUGUCGGUUUGGAAACUACUAAUCAGGAAUCUCCUCGUCUCGCCAUGUUGUAAAUCCAACAACAACAACCGUCUUUACUAAUUCACUGCUGCAAAUCUGGUCCUAUUGGCGUCACUUGUCAUGUUUCGCUCGUAAAUGUUUUUUGAUUGACUGAUUUGAUUUUCACAAACGUUUAUUGAUUAAUCUCACCCCUUCUCUCUCCUGGAUUCAUGUCUUUUAAAAUGUUCAAUCUGAUUGUAGAAAAACAAAAGUUUUCUUUUAUUUCUUGACAUGAAUCGAAGAAAUAACACAAGAAGUUUUUUUUUCAACCCUUGUCGACGCUCUCAAUUUAUGGGUUGUUUCGACUGUACUAUUAGGAGAUCAGCUGUUGUCUCAUUUGUUUUUCUACAUCAUUUGCACAUCGCCACAUGUCGUUUGAGCAUCGCUCAUCAUUGACGUUUUCUUUUCUUGUUUCUGAAAUGUUUUUUUCUUUUUUUUUUUUACUACACAGAAAAUGUCAUUUGAUUUGUAUUAAUAAGCUCGCCCUCUAAAGUGGAAUGUCAACCCCGUACUGUAUGUUAAAUAGAUUGAAAAUGAAACAAGAAUCAAAGAGACAA